AUGUCAUUUGUUGUGUUGAAGGUUCCUUAUAAGAAACGAACGGACAAAAAGAUUUCCCCCCGCACGCCACCUCGCCCUCUUUCUCACGUUCUUAUUGGCGAGGGUUGGGGGCAGUUCUUGGUACAGCCUAGACGGGUAUGCGAAACAUACCACGGCAGAAGUGCUUCUUCUUUUGUCCCCUUCGUUCCUCUUUGCUCUCUUCUUGGAGAUGGCUACAUUCGAUCUUGGGAAAUGAUGCAUGGAUUGCUGCCGUUGGCUACCUUACCUGGCUGGGCGAGUGGGAAUCACUGGGGAACCCUUGUCAGGGUAUGUAAAUAUCUGAUUUAA